AUGCCUGUGUCCGUACAGUCCGUAUUCGCCACGAACCUCGCGACUACAGUAUCAUGCAGGUCUAAGUCCUCGAACCGGUUUUACAAUGUUUCGCACCGUCGAAUUGGCUCCAGCUCCGUGAAUUGCUCGGCGGAGACGACGGAGGUUGCUGACCGGUCGGUGAAGCUGAAGAAUGGGAACGACUCGCUUGAGAUUUGCAGAGUUCUCAACGGAAUGUGGCAGACGAGCGGAGGAUGGGGGAAAAUCGAUCGAAACGACGCCGUUGAUGCGAUGCUCCGUUACGCCGAUGCUGGUCUCUCUACUUUCGACAUGGCCGAUCACUAUGGUCCUGCAGAAGAUCUUUACGGCAUUUUUGUCAAUAGGGUUCGUAGAGAGAGACCUCCUGAGUACUUGGAGAGGAUUAAAGGUUUGACGAAAUGGGUACCUCCUCCAGUGAAGAUGACAAGCAGCUAUGUUCGUCAGAACAUUUAUAUAUCUCGAAAGAGAAUGGAUGUUGCUUCUCUUGAUAUGCUUCAGUUUCACUGGUGGGAUUAUGCGAAUGAUGGUUAUCUUGAUGCACUGAAACACCUCACUGACUUGAAAGAACAAGGUAAAAUCAAGACUGUUGCUUUGACAAAUUUUGAUACAGAGAGACUUGAGAAAAUCUUAGAGAAUGGAAUCCCUAUUGUUAGCAAUCAGGUACAACACUCCAUUGUAGACAUGCGUCCUCAACAGAGAAUGGCUCAGCUUUGCGAGCUUACAGGCGUCAAACUUAUAACAUAUGGGACAGUAAUGGGUGGCCUACUGUCAGAGAAGUUUCUUGAUACCAAUCUAACAAUCCCUUUUGCUGGUCCUCGCUUGAAUACUCCUUCUCUCCAAAAGUACAAAAGGAUGGUUGAUGCAUGGGGAGGAUGGAAUCUAUUCCAAGGUUUACUUCGAACGAUGAAGAGCAUAUCCACAAAACAUGGUGUCUCUAUACCUACAGUGGCUGUGAGAUACGUACUAGAUCAGCAAGGAGUUGCUGGAUCAAUGAUUGGAGUGAGACUCGGGUUAGCGGAACAUAUACAAGACGCAAACGCUGUAUUCUCAUUGGUACUGGAUGAUGAAGAUGUUAGUAGCAUACAAGAAGUUACCAAGAAAGGUAAAGAUCUUCUCCAAGUGAUUGGUGACUGUGGAGACGAAUAUCGACGUAUAUGA